AUGGCCCAUAAGACUAGUAUAGGUGAAGAUCAAACCAUACCCCUUGCUCGGGAUGCGAUCUCCUCAAUGUUCCAUUUACCGGGGAGAUUCGAAACAUCUUCUCCAAUCAACCGUUCUCAUCUUCCCUCCCGAAAUACAGAAAGGAAAGACCACAGCAACCGGAAACAUUUGCGGGAUGGCAAAACCAGUUACAGUCCCUCAGUACGUAUCAAACCUCAGUCUGAAGAAAGCCAGAAUCCCUUCCGACACACGCAGCCUAUCACGUCCCGUAGCCCGGAGAUUCUUGGACGCUCUUUAGGGGUGAUACUUAACCGGGACGAGAACCGCGCGGACGUCGGCUCGAGGUCAGAUCAGCGGCGAGGAUCAGUUCAUCGCAAGUUCCUGGUAAUGAUUCAAUGGCAUCAUAAAUCUAUUGCCCAAGCGGUGCCUUAUCGCGUACUGAUGACGGUAAUUAAUCUAUCAUGUUCUUGGUCAACGAACAUUGUUGAUUCCAUGACGCUACUACCGGCGGCAGUACCAGCUCGUUUGCCUGUGUACAUUGCUUCCAUUGCUGCACAGCCCCUGCCUGCGCGCCGCUGUCGGCCCAAGCUCGCUAUUCGCGACAGGAUGCUUGACUCGAGUUUCAAUCAGGAUUCAGGCAACUGGACAGCCAUAGUACCCACUCGAGCUCGCAAGUCUCACGAUUCUUUGUAGUUGCCGGCUCAUCUGAAUUGAACGAAGUGAUGGGCGAGGGAAGCCUGAAGAAGCACAUCACAGAACCAUGAUCCCAUUUCUGAGGCGCCGGGGCGCCAUAAACAUGAUUGACAUACGGUAUGUAGAAGUGCACCGAAGCAUUUCAUGGUGCAAGAAGUCCAUCAAAAAUACAACGAGUAACAAAGACAGUAUGCUUGAGUAAUAAUAAUAGUAGUAACU